AUGUUCAAACAGAGAAAUCAACAGCUAUUCAGGUUAAUAAAUCUGAAAAUAAACCAUCCACUUUCGGCUUUUUCAGCCAGUGCUCCAAUUGCAAUCAAAACAAUUCCAAUAUCUUUUUCCAACAAGCAGUUUAUUAGAUCAAACUCCACAGAUCCUUAUAUCAGUUAUGAUAACAGUAAAUUCUAUGUUCGCCGAAAAAAGACUCAUGAAGAAAUUCAUGAAGAAAUGAUAAAUAAAAAAUUAAAAGACCCAUCAAAAAUGGUCAGAUUGGGCGCUUAUUUUCAAACCAAAAAAUUCAAUAAAAAUUUGACCAAAUAUUUAGUUUUAGCCUAUGCUGUGUUUAUAUUAUAUGGUUCCUACCAUUUAUAUGGUAUUUUCAUCAAACAAAAAGAAUUGACCAAUUUGAAUAAUAAGAAAUAUAAAUUAAACUCAAGUUUCGAAAAAGAUGAUAAAGGUAAUAAUCUUAAAACCUAUUCGAUAAAGGAUUUCGAGAAAAAUCUUAAUGAAUAUGAAAAUAUUAGAUUAAAAGAAUUGACUGGAAAAUUAAGAGAAAGAGACAUACCAAAAUUAAAUGCUUAUAAAGAGAUUUUAAAAGAAAAAGAAACCGAAUUUUAUUCAAAUCCCGAAAACAAGAACAAAAAAUUUAUUGAACAUUUUGAUGCUACAAAAGAAUUUAAUGGCUUUACAAUUAAUAACGAUGAUUUGCCUGAAUAUCUAGAAUACAUGAAAAGAAUGUUACCAGCAAGAGAUACCUCGCCGUUUUUCGAUGAUAAGGCAUCGAGCUACGAUUCUGAGAUUGGAACAGAGGAAUUUUUCUUAGGCCUUGGAUCAAGAAGAAAAUGGUUGAUGAAAAACGCUCAUGGUGAUGUUUUAGAAGUAGCUUCAGGUACCGGUAGAAAUAUUAAAUAUCUUAAGCCCACAAAUAUCGAUUCAAUUACUUACCUUGAUUCAUCGCCAAAGAUGAUGAAUGAAACAAACAAAAAAUUUAGAGAAAAGUUUCCAUUUUAUAAAAAGGCUGCAUUUGUGGUUGGUAGAGCUGAAGAUCUACUCAAAUUAGCUGGAAACACUGCUGAAAAUAAUAAGAUAGAAAAGGUUUCCCAGUCCCACAAAGUCAAAUACGAUACUAUCAUUGAAUCAUUUGGUAUUUGUUCACAUGAAGAUCCGGUGAAAUCAAUAAAUAACAUGCUAGAACUAUUGAAGCCUGGAGGCAGACUAGUUUUGCUAGAACAUGGCAGAAGUACAUAUAGCAGUCUCAAUAACUACCUCGAUAAAAGAGCUCCAAAGAGAUUGAGCACUUGGGGCUGCAGAGCUAAUUUAGAUAUUGGUGCAAUUUUAGAUGAUUCAGGGGUCGAAAUCGUUGAAGAAAAAAGGCACCAGUUUGGGACUCUCUGGUGUAUAGUCGCCAAAAGACCUGGGGAUCCAAGAAGAUACGAUGAGUUGAACUUCUACGAAAAAUAUUUCACCAAUGUCGACGAUGUUAUAAAGCCCUUGAAAUGAUUAGCUAGUUUUGUCCCGCCUGUAUGAAGUGUACAUAUUCUUAAUAGAAAUUGCUGAU